AUGAUUUCGCUCAGCGAAGAAGAAGCUCUGCAACGGCUGGGUCCUCGCGUUCCCACCGAGCCGGCGCCUUUCCCGUCGCGCGUUACGAUUCCAGGGCAGUAUGUCGAUCUCGUGCCUCUGACGACCGAACACGAGGAUCUGCUCUACCCGCUCGUCGGGCUACCUGAGCACGAGAGGCUGUGGGACUACAUGCUCGAGGCACCCUUCAAUGGCGACCGCGCGCGUUUUUCGACCUACAUCUCUUCCCGCACGGCCACCGCCAACAACAUGGUCUUCUGGGCCAUCGUCGACAAAACCCCUUCCGCAACCGCAAAGGUGAUAGGCAUGAUUUCGUACCUCAACAUCAACCCUACGCAUCGCACCAUCGAGAUUGGCAAUGUGCUCUUUUCGUCGCUGCUGCAACGUUCGCGCAAGUCGAGCGAGGUGGUCUACCUCAUGCUCCGCCACGCCUUCGACGACUUGGGCUACAGAAGAGUCGAGUGGAAGUGCAACAACCUCAACACGCCCUCCAAACGCGCCGCCAUCCGAUACGGCUUCACAUACGAAGGGCUGUUUAGGAAGAUGUUUGUGCUCAAGGGCAGGAACAGGGACACCGCCUGGUUUGCUAUUGUCGAUGACGACUGGCCCGACCGCAAAGCGGCGCUGGAGACGUGGUUGAGCGAGGACAACUUCGAUGCGCAGGGGGCUCAGAUCCUCACGUUGAAGCAGGCUCAUGCCAAGUUCGGUUAUACUGUGCCGGAGACGCUGGUGAUGCCCGCUGUUCCUUUGUAA